GUCGACCGCCGCUCGUUUAAUAGCCCUCUGGUCUGCGUUCCGAUAGUUUCACUGUAUAAACAAAACAAACUAAGACCCUUAUACACCACUUUAACCUCCUUGCUGUGACUGUUUUACUGGCUGGUUCCAAGACCCCAAACUUUGCCAGGCUUCCUGUGGACGCCACUUUCGCUAUUGCUUGCAAGCUUUUGACACCGUGAUAACGUAGCCAUGGAGGUCGGGUCGCCUCGCUCGCCCACCGCCCAGUUCUCGGUGUCCCAUUUCUGCGACCCAGCAACUGCCUCCGGAUAUGUGUGCCCAAGCGCGCCCCGCAAACCAGCCUACCGGCGAGAGCAAGUGUCCGGCAACUUUGACACGGCUGUAAGAUGCGCGAGGGACAUGCUCGACUCGUUCUCGGAUGAGGAACGGCGAACAGCACUACGGCACCUUCCUCGCCAUGCCCUGGAGGGCGUCUUCCUGUCCUUCUGCCACUACCAGGCUGGCUCGCAACUUGGGCUAGAGUUCGCAGAGCUGCUGGCGGUGGCACCCACGCUGGAGCAGCAGCUGCUUGACCACGUACAAGCCGUCUGCCCCAACAUCACGUGGGAGGCCUGGGCCGCGGAGGUGCAGAUGGCGGUGGCAGACCCUUGCCGCGCCCAGCAGCUGGCAGAGCGGAUCAUGUCGGAGGGCUUCCCCUCGCGCCGGCUGCUCUUCUGAGCCAAGCACUACGGCGGAGCAGCAACCACCUUGCUGCUCCGCCGCCACAGUCUACCAUUUGGCUAGCUGGCUCGCUUCAGGAGACGACGACCAUUCGUACAUACCUCGACACCCUUCCCUCGCCAGCGCACGUGCGCGGCGCCAGGCCGUGCAGGCGGGGAGAGAGGACCGCUGUGGCUCAUCCGAAGGAUGGCCCGGCGUAGCACAGCACCGCACAGCGGAGCCCCGUACCACACGGUGCAGUAGCCACGGAGGCCCGCAACGCGACGGCACCUGGCUCCAUUGACAGCCUUGCCACACGCACGGCCAAGGCUCCACCCGCAACGCCAUACUCGCAGCCUCAUGGCAUGCGCGUUGCGGAGGUCCCUGAGCCAAGCUGCAUACACACCGCAUCUGUCGUUCUGACUACAUUGACUGGGGCGGCCAGCGCCCACAUCCCAGCUGCUCAUCAGCCAACCAGCGUGACUAUUCGACCAUGACUUCGACAACACGCAGCUUCUUACGUUGUUCUCAGCAUGACUGAGCGGACCGCUAACUAGCAUGUACUGCCUUCACUACCUUGGCCAGCACCCUGACGAUGACCCAACCAAGCUGGCCCACGCCCUGGAGGGGGAGCUAGAUCUAUUUCUAUUUCGCCUACGAGUACUCGGCUCCCGCCCACCUGGCUAUUCGGCACAACCGAAUAGCCAUUCUUGUUUUCGCUGUUGUUGGGUUGGGUUUGGGAGUCCAAGUAACGCGGCCUCUCGUUGGCCGAAAUGCCACGCCUGCGGGAUGUGUUCUGUGAGAGUUUCGCUGUCUUAGACUGCUAAAUGCGCUAUUAUUGCUACGUCAAUGGCACGGCGCCGGAGCCCUGGGCUCAGUCGCACGCUGGGCUCCUGUGUACCGGACCGUAAGCCAUAUAACUGUGCUCGUCGUAUGUUACCGCUGGAGUGUUGCGUUUGCGUGUCUACAUUUUGUGAGGGUGCGCUUUGCUGCGGGUACUCCCUUUGUAUGUGGGGUUUGUGCUACUGCUAAUGACACACAUCGACGAGGCUUCAGGGAUGGGGAGGCUACAUGGAUGCGACAUGCACGCCACUUGCCUGUCUGUUGUUGCCGGCGCGGCUGCAUCUGCCGCUGCUUGUUGUUGGCUGGUGGUGCCAGGGCCCUGCGGGCAAACGCGCGUACGCAAUGAUGUCAACUUGUGUUUAUGUUUUUGCAGAACUGUCCCAAUGCCCAUUGAACAUGGAAAGUCCGAAAGGUGACGCGGCCUUGUGAGGCCACUAUGAUUGCCCGCAUGCCAGAAUUCCCUGUGUAAAUCUAUCGUCUC